AAUAACAAGCACAAUGCCUUUAAAACAGCGUUUCCAGGGUUUUUGAGACGGCCGCAAACGAAACGCAGAAAUUUUUUCUGGAAGUCUCUCUCUUUCUUUGUUCGCCGGCUGCAUAACUCACCGACCAUGCCUCGCCGAAGCUCUGGAGGUAGACCUGCUCCUCGGGCUGCUGCCCGCCCUGCACCAGCACGCAGCUCACCACCCCAACCAGUUAACCAUGCUCCUCCUCCAGCUCCUGUUCAGAGUGGUGGUGGUGGUGGUGGAUCAUUGCUUGGAACCAUAGCUCAGGGCAUGGCUUUUGGCACUGGAAGUGCUGUGGCACACAGAGCUGUAGAUGCUGUGUUGGGUCCUCGUACAAUUCAACAUGAAACUGUUGUCUCUGAGGCGGCUGCUGCCCCAGCACCCACAGCAAGCAGUAUGGGUGGUGCUGAUGCAUGCAGUGUUCACUCAAAGGCAUUCCAAGAUUGCCUGAAUAACUUUGGGAAUGACAUCAGCAAGUGCCAGUUCUACAUGGACAUGUUGUCCGAGUGCAGGAAAAACUCAGGCUCUCCAUUGAGCGCCUAAAUUCUUUGUACAUGCUUUGCCAUGCAUUGGAAUAACAGCUUUGAACUUUGCUUGUUUUCUUAUUUUGAAGCAUAUCAUGAUGAAGCUGUCCUCCUUAUAUGGUUAAGGAUUUAGUGUCAAUUUUUUUGUAGGAAACUACUGAAGAUAGAACUUAUAAGUGUUAUGCACUAAUUAUCAGAACUUUAUUCUCUUCA